AUGUUGCGAAACGCAGCAAAUGCGGCUCGAAAGACCGUGACGGAUCUCGCGCUGUAUCCGAAGCCUGGCGCCAAACUCCACGGCUUCACCGUCGUCCGAGCAAAGCACGUCCCGGAGCUGGAACUAACCGCACUGCAGCUGCAGCACGACAAAACCGGCGCCGAUUAUCUGCACAUUGCCCGCGAUGACUCCAACAAUGUCUUCUCCAUCGGCUUCAAGACGAAUCCUCCGGACGAUACCGGUGUUCCUCACAUUCUAGAGCACACCACUCUUUGCGGCAGUGAAAAAUAUCCUAUUCGUGAUCCCUUCUUCAAGAUGCUGCCCCGGACGCUUUCCAAUUUCAUGAAUGCAAUGACAGCUUCGGACCACACUUUUUAUCCCUUUGCGACGACAAACGAGCAGGAUUUCAAGAACCUUAUGUCCGUGUAUCUCGACGCAACGCUCCAUCCUCUGCUGAAGCAAUCCGACUUUCAGCAGGAAGGUUGGCGAAUUGGGCCGGAGAACCCCACGGCCGAGGACGCGGAGGGCAAGAAGCUUGUCUUCAAGGGCGUUGUGUAUAAUGAGAUGAAGGGACAAAUGUCGGAUGCGGGAUAUCUCUACUACAUUCGAUUCCAUGACCACAUCUUCCCCGACAUCAACAACUCCGGUGGUGACCCGCAAAAGAUCACGGAUUUGACCUACGAGCAGCUCAAGGGCUUCCAUGCCGAAAACUACCACCCCAGUAAUGCCAAGCUGUUUACCUAUGGAGACAUGCCCCUGGCAGAUCACCUGCAGGAGGUUGACGCUAGGUUGCAGGCUUUUGAGAAGAUUGCCAAGGAUAAGGUUAUUCAUUUACCUGUUGAGCUGGAUGGUCCUCGAGAAGUUAUUCUCCACGGCCCAUUGGACCCAUUGGUUGCUCCGGAUCGACAGUACAAGACAUCGGUAUCUUGGAUUACUGGAGAUACCACUGAUAUAGUCGAGUCAUUCUCCGUGUCGCUGCUAUCAACUCUCCUUAUGGACGGCUAUGGUUCGCCGUUAUACCGGGGCUUGAUAGAAGCCGGCAUGGGCGCUGAUUGGAGUCCCAAUGCAGGUUACGAUAGCUAUGCGAAGCGCGGAAUCUUCUCAAUUGGCCUUACUGGUGUCCAGGAAUCUGAUGUUCCCAAGGUGAAGGGCAAGAUCCAAGAGAUCCUGCGCGAUGCCCGGGACAAGGGCUUUGACCAGGGCAAGAUUGAUGGAACGCUUCACCAACUCGAGCUUGCGCUCAAGCACAAAACGUCUACCUUUGGCUAUUCGAUGCUCAACAGGCUGAAGCCGAAGUGGUUCAAUGGAAGCGAUCCCUUUGACUCCUUGGCUUGGAAUGAUACAAUUGCUGCUUUCCAGGCCAAGAUGGCCGAGGGUGGCUACUUGGAAGGAUUGAUGGAUAAAUAUCUGCUAAACGACAACACUUUGACCUUUACGAUGGCGCCAUCGGCGACCUUUGGAGAUGACCUGAUUGCCGAGGAACAGGCGCGUCUCUCUUCCAAAAUCCAAGACGCCGUGAACAAGGCCGGAAGCGAGGAGAGCGCACGGCAGCAAUUUGAGAAGCAGGAACAGGAGCUGUUGGUGGAACAGAACAAGACCAACACCGAGGAUUUGAGCUGUCUGCCCACUGUCCAUGUCAAGGAUAUUCCAAGGUCAAAAGAGCCAACGGUAGUCCGAGAUGAGGUUGCAAAUGGUAUUCCCAUCCAGUGGCACGAGGCUCCGACCAAUGGCCUUACUUAUUUCCGUGCCAUCAACACAUUGGAAAACUUGCCUGACGACCUUCGAGAGCUUAUCCCUCUGUUUACGGACAGCAUCAUGCGCUUGGGGACAAAGGACAUGACGAUGGAGCAACUCGAGGAUCUCAUCAAACUCAAGACUGGCGGUGUUUCUGUUGGCUACCAUUCCACGCCUUCGCCAACCGAUUACACUCAGUCAAGCGAAGGUAUCAUCUUUACUGGAAUGGCGCUUGACAGGAACGUGCCCGUCAUGUACGAUAUCCUGCGCAAGCUGGUGCAAGAGACCGAUUUUGACAGCCCGGAGGCCUCACUGCGAAUUCGACAGUUGCUGCAUGCCUCAGCCGAUGGAGUUGUCAACGACAUUGCUUCUUCCGGACACCGAUUCGCAAUGGGCCACGCCGAAUCCAGCUUGACCCGCAGCGCCUGGCUGAGGCAGCAAAUUGGCGGUUUGUCACAGGUCAAGCUGGUUACUUCGCUGACCAGCCGACCCGAGUCAGACCAGCUAGAGGAUGUCAUUGGCAAGCUCAAGAAGAUCCAGACUUUUGCUCUGACUAGCGGUCAGAUGCGCACGGCCCUUACGUGCGGCACUGAGAAUGUGCAAGAAAACUUGAACUCUCUGAAGAGCUUUACAGGCGGACUGCCACAAAAAGUAUCAGGGGUUGCAAGCAAGGGCCCGUCGCCUCUCCCGAAAGACAGCAAAGCAUUCUUCCCUCUGCCAUAUCAAGUCUAUUAUGGAGGCCUCUCCGUUGCCACGACAUCAUAUACCUCACCCGACGGUGCGCCGCUCCAGAUCCUUGCACAGUUGCUGACACACAAACAUCUCCACCACGAGAUCCGAGAAAAGGGCGGUGCCUACGGCGGCGGGGCUUACUCCAAGGCAUUGGAUGGCCUGUUUGGGUUCUACUCAUACCGUGAUCCUAACCCGCAGAACACAUUGAGCAUUAUGCGCAAUGCAGGGCGCUGGGCAACGGAGAAGGAAUGGAGCGAUCGAGACCUGGAAGAGGCCAAGAUUUCUGUGUUCCAAGGAGUUGACGCUCCCAAGUCUGUGAACCAGGAGGGCAUGGCAAGAUUCCUGUCUGGCAUUACGGAUGAGAUGAAGCAGAAGAAGAGAGAGCAGCUGCUAGACGUGACAAAGGAUCAAGUCAGAGCUGUGGCACAAAAGUUCCUUGUCGAGCCUAUUGAAAAGGGAGAGGAGCGCACAACCUUUUUGGGAGAAAAGCAAGGCUGGGUGGAUGGAACAUGGACCGUUCAUGAGAUGAAUGUAAACGGCUCCCAGGAGUAA